AUGUAUGUUGGAGUCCGCUAUUCACAAAAGAUUUACCAAAUCUAUCAUAGUGUAAUUGAGAUCUAUAAGGAGUUCGAAAAGUACCUAGAUCCCAGAUAUGCAAGUGAUUUACAUCAGAGUUGUCGCAGAUUACGAACUGCUUUGAUUGUGGCCAGCAUCAUGUAUGCGGUUGGAGUUGUGGGCAUGAUCUUGAAGCCCAUCUCUGUCUCUUUGUUCACGGACAAAUUCAUUUUAAUCUUGCACUUUCAUAUCCCGGGCAUCGAUGUGACAACUGAGAUGGGAGCUUGGAUCACCCAAGCAGUGCAUGCCGUCAGCUUGGCAAUCGCAGGACUCGGAUUGUUGGCUGGCGACUCGACUAUCAUUGUAUUUCUGAUGCAGCCGUUUGUAUUCGUUGAUAUUUUGCGAAUUAAAAUUUGCGUAUUCAAUCAGUUUGUGGACAAACCUGGCACUCAAUCCGAAUCGGAGAUUCAGCGAAUGCUUGUCGAUAUUAUGCGAUUUCACCAGGAGUAUUUGAGGUGA